CCCCUAUUAACUUCUGAGUUUUGUCCCUCAAGCUCUCCUGCCCAACAAACAAAGCAACUCCGCCUCCCCCCACCAUCAUCAUCGUCAUCGUCGUCGUCUCUCAGCUUAUCAUCAUAACCACCCACCGACCGGCAGCAGCCUCGGUAGCCGGCUGUAUCCUCAUUGAAUUGGGUGAUGGUAUCUUUUCAAAACACAGAAUUUUCAUCCCUGUUUGAGGAAGGUAGCAUAUAUGCACUAUGGAUCUAAAAUCCAAAGGUAGAACAUGGGUUGGUAACAUAUACCACAAGUUUGAGGCUAUCUGCCAGGAGGUUGAUGAUUUUGUGAAUAAGGAUACCAGUAAAUAUGUGGAGAAUGAAGUGCAAACAGUUGGUGAAAGUGUGAAUAAAAUAUGUCCUAAUGUGGUGCAUGAUUUUCACCCUUAUUUGGAGGAUAAUAAACAAGCAAAAGCUCAAGGAGGGACCAGAACGCAAAAUGAUGUCGAAAGGACCAGUUUUAAAUCUAGGGUAGCCUUCAAAGAAAAGCAUAGACAUGUCAGUGAAAAGAAAUCAUCUAAGGAGCAGGACAGGUUUGAUGUUAAAGGUUGUGAUCCAAAUGAAGUGGACCAUCUAGGGCAAUUCAGCCCUCCUCCUGCUUCAGAUUCUGCUCAAGUUGCAGAAAAAGACUCACAUUGGAAAGAAACUAGUGAUGCAGCUAUCUGUAGUAACACGGAGUUGGUUCUUCAGGAGAAUGUGGGAUGGGAGGAUUACUCUGCAAGUAGUUAUCUAAAUUUUCCUAGAGCAGAAUAUUCAUCUAAAUUGCCAUUGUGUCCGAGAGAUAAUCUACUUAUUGAUAAUUUGGAGUCUCCUGUUGAUGGAAUUUUAUAUGGGCCAUCAGAAAUUUCUAAUGAAGAAUACUUGAGAAAUAGUAUCCUGGAUGAGUUUUCUUCAAGAAUUUUUGUUCAGGGUGUGGGUCUUAGGACUUCGGAGAUGGACAGGAUGACAUGCAGUAGCACAGAUCUUUCUAAGGAAUCAGAAACUGGCUUGUUUCUUGAACAAGACGGUGAAUCUACAAUAUACAAGAAGUUGGAGAUAGUGGCUGAAGAGAAUGCCAAAGUUAAGGAGCAUCAUGCUUCUGAACUUGCAAGUUCUCUUGAGGGUAAGAAUUCGUGGGAGCUAUUAUGGACACAGGAACAGCAUCCAGUGGGUUUGGAAGACAAAAAUUCAUCUUUUAGGUCUUCAGCUGAUGAGGAUCAUAAAAUUCCUGAUCUAGAGAAAUGUUCUCCAGAAACUUUGGUUCCUAAUACUGUGCUUAGAGUUGUUCCAGUCAAACAGGUAGCUGAUGAUAAUGCAGAACCUGCUGAUGAAGCAGUAGUGAACCUGUCUUCACAACAUGAUGAUCAUGUAGAAUUCAUAAAAUGUGGUACGGGUCUUGAAGCAAAUGUUAGAAAGGAGCAUUUGGUGGUUGAUAAUAGAGGUUGCCUUAGUCAUGAAAGUUCGUCUGAUUUGUCAUUACAUCCAAGGGAGAAGCAUCCUGAUGCUGAGGAUUCAAAUUUGCUGCAGGACAAAAGUUUGUAUAAAUCUUUACCUAUUUCUACAGAUGAAGAUUAUUGGUCAACCAUUCCAGCCAAGUUAUCACCGGAAACUUCAGUUAAUGACGAAAUUCUCAGACCUUUCCAACAGAAAGAGGGAGAAUGUAAUAGCCCACAAUGUUCUAAUGAAACUAAAACUGACUUGUCUUUAGAUUGUUACCGUUCAUGCAUGUCCUCGGAUUUCAGUUUUGACAAGAAUUGCUUGGUGGAGAAACAUGCAUCUUCAGAACAUUUAAGGUUUCCUGAAUGUUCAAGGAAGCUCCACGUGGAGACUGAUGAGCUGAGUUCUCUAAAUAGUGGAUAUUCAUCUGGAUUAUCACUAAUAUAUAGGACUGAAGGUCAUAGAAAUACCAUGCCCACUAAGAUGUCACCAGUUAAUUCAGUUAAUGAUGCAGGGUUAAGUGCCUCCCAGAAGGAUAAGACGAUGUGCAAUAACCUUUCGGAUGUUUUGAGUACUAACCCAUCAUCUGAACUAGCGUCUUCAGGAAUUUCUUGGAAGCAUAAAUUAGCUGAGACAGAAGCUUCAAGUUCUUCCAUGUCGACAGAACUUUUAGACCCGCCAGAAUUUUCACAUGGAAAUUGUACUAAGAAGACAGAGGAAGUCUGUUGUGAUUAUACUGAUUCCGGUGGUUCUGCGUCAACACUAUCCAGCAGUUCUUGUGCAUCCUUAUUUGGUUUGACCUCUAGGAACAAGGAUGUAAACCUGGUUCCUGCAUUCCCAAGGACUUCCUCAUCUGCAGAUUCCUCCAGUACUGAUAAAUCUAUGCUUGAUUCUUUUGGGAAUAAGCUUCAACAAUCCUUCGAAGGGAUAGUGGAUGACUCUGUUAGUGAUAUUUCCGAUGCUGACAUGGAGACUAUCGAUCUCUCUGAUAAAGCAAAACUUGAGGAAAGCUGUGUUAUUGUGGAUAAUGAGCUACUGUAUGCCGCCUCCUGCAGACCAAGAAAAUUUAGAUCAUACAGGAAACUGAUACAGGAGGCUUUUGCUUCAAGAAAGAGAAUAAUAAAGGAGUAUGAGCAGUUGUCAAUUUGGUAUGGAGACAUUGAUUCAGAUACCAGCUUCCAUUCAGAUCAGCAUCUUUCACCCCAUAUGACAUCUGCAUCAAGACCCUCACAAGCACGUGAUUUGGGUGAGUCAGAAUGGGAGCUUCUCUAAGUUCCUUUGCUCCUCAGUGAAGAUGCUCGGAGCUUUCUUUCAUGGGCUGAUGAAUCUCCGGCUAUCCUACGUCUUGAGGCGGUUCAAUUUCUUGUAAGGUCUUUUGUAGCAACUGAGAGUAAACAACUCAAAAAAACUUCUUCUUUAAACCAUGAGAUGAUGGUUCUUCUUUUGCCAGUCCAGCAUUGGCAGCGACUGGAUUGUAAAUAAAUGUUAAGAUCACACACAUUCACACACCAAAAUAUAAUACAAAAAGUUCUUCUAAUC